AUGACCCAGCCUUUGCUUCCGGGUACGAAAGGAGAUCUGCACGCGUACAACGGCAUGGACGAUGCGGACUUGUGUACAAGCUACCUUGGUCGACCGUGUAAGGCUAACGUUCGGGUGAACAGCGGCAGCUUCACGUCACGCAAUGAAGCUCUCGCCCUAGAGGCAAUGGAAUCGUAUCCGAACAUCAUCGGCUACUCGCCGGGUUCGGCUUCUACGAAAGACUUGACCAAGGAGUGGGCCGAGAUGACCGACAACUUCGGCGUUAGCAAGCUGAACUAA